AUGAGAUUCACACACUUCCUCGUCGCAGGCCUCGCCUCGACCGUUGCCGCCAGCACUUGGUUCAGCAAGGCCGCCUACAACAAAUGGCACGAAACUGAGCUCGAGCGUUGGCUCUCGGAUCAUGAUAUCCCGUACCCAACACCAGCAGACCGUAAAGACCUCGAAGACCUGGUGAAGAACAACUGGCAAAGCCGUGUUGUCGAUCCUCUCAGCACCGCUGGCGACCAGACCACCAACUCCUACGAUUCCGUCAAGGACUGGAUCUUUGACAGCUGGACCGAGUCACAGCUCAAGUCCUUCCUAGACCAUAACAAGAUUACUCCUUCCCAGCCAAGAACCCGUGACGUCUACUUGACUAGUGCCCGUCAGAACUACGACUCCAUCGCGAAGAAGCUCGGAGAAUACUCUGCCUACCCUGGCGACUGGUUGUACUCAACCUGGUCUGACUCUGAUCUCAAGGAAUUCCUUGAUUCUCAUGGAUACCCCGCUCCGCAACCCUCCUCUCGCGACAAGCUCAUUGCCUCUGUCCGCCGCAACUCUCGUCUAGCUUCGCUCAAUGUCCAGGCUGCUGCAUCAUCUGCUAGCGGCUCCGCUGCCUCAGCUCAAGCUAGCCUCAGUGACGCCCUCUUUGAUGCUUGGUCUGAUAGCAAGCUCAAGGAGUUCCUCGAUGAGCACGGAGUUCCAGUGCCUCAGGGAAGCAAAAAGAACGAGCUCGUUGCUCUCGCCCGCAAACACCGUGCUAGCCUCGUUGGUAACCAGGCCUCCUCUGUUUCAGGUAGCGCUGCUUCUGCGUUUGGUGCUGCUACUACUCGCGCCGGCAACGAGUACGCCAAGGCCUCAGAUGAUGCUUCUCUGGCCGCAGAAGAUGCCUUCAACAAUGCUGUCGACACCUGGUCCGAAUCGCGCUUGAAGGCCUUCCUCGACGCCCGUGGCGUACCUGUUCCUCAAGGCAGCAAGAAGGACGAGCUCGUAAAAGAGGUUCGUCUCAACAAGCACAAAGCCCAGAGCGGUUGGUCUGCAUGGACGUUCGACACAUGGACAGUCGAGAAUCUACAGAAGUACCUCCAGGCCCGCGGCAAGGACAGCAAGAAGACUGCCAAAGCUUCCCGUGAUGAUCUCGUCAAGCAGGCCCAGGAUGCGUAUGCUUCGGCAUCUAAAACUGGUGGCAGCGAGUAUGCCUCCGUGACCAACUACCUGGCUUCGCAAACCGAUGCCGCCAAGGACACCACCUUCGACACCUGGUCGGAGAGUGACAUCAAGCACUACCUGGAUAGCUAUGGCGUCAGCAACUACCAGGGUUCCAACCUGAACGAACUUCGUGCCGAGGCCCGCAAGCAGUACAACUUCUUCAAAUACGGAACCUCGACUCCGUCGGGCACCAUCUUCGAGCGCAUUAAGAGCGGUCUCCAGUGGAUUCUCGGCCAAGCUUCAGCUGGCGCUCAGACUGGCAGUGUCCAGGCUUCCAAGUCUGCUAGCUCUGCUGCUUCAGUGGCUUCCAAGAGCGCGACUUCAGCUCGAUCGGAGCUGUGA